GCGGGGGGUCGGCGGGGGGUCGGGAGGGCCUGGACAUGGCGCUGAGGGGCCGCCCCGCGGGAAGAUGAAUAAGGGCUGGCUGGAGCUGGAGAGCGACCCUGGCCUCUUCACCCUCCUGGUGGAAGAUUUCGGUGUCAAAGGGGUGCAGGUGGAGGAGAUCUAUGACCUUCAGAGCAAAUGCCAGGGCCCCGUGUAUGGAUUCAUCUUCCUGUUCAAAUGGAUCGAAGAGCGCCGAUCCCGUCGCAAGGUCUCUACCUUGGUGGAUGAUACAUCUGUGAUUGAUGAUGAUAUUGUGAAUAACAUGUUCUUUGCCCACCAGCUGAUCCCCAACUCUUGUGCCACUCAUGCCCUGCUGAGCGUGCUCCUCAACUGCAGCAAUGUGGACCUGGGGCCCACCCUGAGUCGCAUGAAGGACUUCACCAAAGGCUUCAGCCCUGAGAGCAAAGGAUAUGCGAUUGGCAAUGCUCCAGAGUUGGCCAAGGCACAUAAUAGCCAUGCCAGGCCUGAGCCACGCCAUCUCCCCGAGAAGCAGAAUGGCCUUAGUGCCGUGCGGACCAUGGAGGCAUUCCACUUUGUCAGCUAUGUGCCUAUCACAGGCCGGCUUUUUGAGCUGGAUGGGCUGAAGGUUUACCCCAUUGACCAUGGGCCUUGGGGGGAGGAUGAGGAGUGGACAGACAAGGCCCGGAGGGUCAUCAUGGAGCGUAUCGGGCUCGCCACUGCAGGGGAGCCCUACCAUGACAUCCGCUUCAACCUGAUGGCGGUGGUGCCCGACCGCAGGAUCAAGUAUGAGGCCAGGCUGCACGUGCUGAAGGUGAACCGUCAGACAGUACUGGAGGCCCUGCAGCAGCUGAUUAGGGUAACGCAGCCAGAGCUGAUUCAGACCCACAAGUCUCAAGAGUCACAGUUGCCUGAAGAGACCAAACCAGUCUGCAGCAAGUCCCCUCUGGCCCUGGAAACAAGCAGGGCCCCAGCGGCCUCUGAGGGCACCCACACAGAUGGCGCGGAGGAGGUGGCUGGUUCGUGCCCACAAGCCCCGACCCACAGCCCUCCCAGCAAACCCAAGCUGGUGGUGAAGCCUCCAGGGAGCAGCAUCAAUGGGGUUCCCCCAAACCCCACUCCUAUCGUCCAGCGGCUGCCAGCCUUUCUGGACAAUCACAACUAUGCCAAGUCCCCCAUGCAGGAGGAGGAAGACCUGGCAGCAGGUGUGGGCCGCAGCCGAGUUCCAGUCCGCCCACCCCAGCAGUACUCAGACGAUGAGGAUGACUACGAGGAUGACGAGGAGGAUGACGUGCAGAACACCAACUCCGCCAUCAGGUAUAAGCGAAAGGGGCCGGGGAAACCGGGGCCAUUGAGUGGCUCUGGGGAUGGGCAGCUGUCGGUGCUGCAGCCCAACACCAUCAACGUCUUGGCCGAGAAGCUCAAAGAGUCCCAGAAAGACCUCUCAAUUCCUCUGUCCAUCAAGACGAGCAGCGGGGCCGGGAGUCCGGCUGUGGCAGUGCCCACGCACUCACAGCCCUCGCCCACCCCCAGCAAUGAGAGCACUGACACAGCCUCUGAGAUCGGCAGCGCUUUCAAUUCGCCACUACGCUCGCCUAUCCGCUCGGCCAACCCCACGCGGCCCUCUAGCCCCGUCACCUCCCACAUCUCCAAGGUGCUUUUUGGAGAGGAUGACAGCCUGCUGCGUGUUGACUGCAUACGCUACAAUCGUGCUGUACGCGACCUGGGUCCUGUCAUCAGCACGGGCCUGCUGCACCUGGCUGAGGACGGUGUGCUGAGUCCCCUGGCACUGACAGAGAGUGGGAAGGGUUCCUCACCUUCUAUCAGACCGAGCCAAGGCAGCCAGGGGUCUGGUAGCCCAGAGGAGAAAGAGGUGGUGGAGACUGUGGACAGCAGAGAGAAGCCUGGGCUGGUCAGGCCUAGUGAGCCCUUGAGCGGGGAGAAGUACUCACCCAAGGAGCUGCUGGCACUGCUGAAGUGUGUGGAGGCUGAGAUUGCAAACUAUGAGGCCUGCCUCAAGGAAGAGGUGGAGAAGAGGAAGAAGUUCAAGGUGGGCCCUCUCUCCAGCUGCCUGGUCCUCUGCCCGCCUGUCUUCCCAGAGAUCGACGACCAGAGAAGAACCCACAACUAUGAUGAGUUCAUCUGCACCUUCAUCUCCAUGCUGGCUCAGGAAGGCAUGCUGGCCAACCUGGUGGAGCAGAACAUCUCGGUGCGGCGGCGCCAGGGGGUCAGCAUUGGCCGACUCCACAAGCAGCGGAAGCCUGACCGGCGGAAACGCUCACGCCCCUACAAGGCCAAGCGCCAGUGAGGACUGCUGGCCCUGACCCUGCCGCUCACUCUUGCCACACGGCCCUCACCAGGGCCCUCCCCUGGCCCACUCCCCCUCUUCCCAGUAUUACCGAAUAGUUCCAGUCAGAGAGCCCAGACCCUGGGAAUAGGAGCCAGGCCAGGAUUCUCUGCACGGUGCCCCAGUGCCUGCCAGGGCAGGGCUGCCCCGUCAUGCUCUGGAAGCAGGAGCUGGGGCACAG